AUGGCCACAAACUGGGGUGCUGGGAAUAUAGGAAACAGCGGCAACUUUGGUAGUUUUGGGAACUUUGGGAACUUCGGCCAAGCCCCAACGAUUGCCAACGGUGGUGCUACAAGUAGUAGCGUUGAUUUGACGCAGAAGCAAGGGAAUAAUAAUAAUAAUAAUAAUAAUAAUAAUAAUAUCACAUUAGCCAACACAACCCCAAUAGGAGGCCACGGGGAUGUCAAUGGAUCUACCAAUGGCAACAGAGAUCAGCUGCUGAUGAUCUUGCCUCCGGGGCUACAGAAAGUCUCUGGGAAAUCCCCAAUAAAUAAUGGUGGAUCAUCAACCGAUGGACAAGAUCAAAUGUCGGCAGAUGGAGAAGCUAUGGAUAUCACCCAGAACAAUAAUAAUAACAGCAAUAAUAGUAAUACCCUCAAUAACGACAGCAGUGGUGGCAAAAGUCUUAUACCUGCUGCUGCUGCCGCCGAUGAUGACGAUAGUAAUUUGACGGAUAUUGAUAGAUUUGGGUUGAAAGGAUUAUUACCAUUAUUUAGAAUGUCGAAUCAAGGAGUGGCCAAGCUUGCCAUGGGCACUGAUUUGUUGAUGUCUGGAUUGGAUUUGGAUGACAAUGAAGAGAGCUUGUCAAGCACGUUCCAAUCGCCAUGGGUAGAAACCUCUAUUAAAGACGUUGAGCCGGCGUACAAGUUGCCAGAAUCAGUGAGAGAAUUAAACGAUAUCAAGUUCAAAGAAAUUCAUUUACAACCGGCAGAAAACCGUAUCGGAAAUUUCCCGGAAGAUACGUUAUUUUUCAUUUUCUAUUCGAAGCCAAAGGAUAUUUUACAAGAAUUGGCCGCCAGAGAAUUGAGAGAAAGAAAUUGGAGAUUCCAUAAAGUAUUGAAAGUAUGGUUAGCGAAAGUUAAAGACGUUGAACCAAUCCAAGAAGGCCCAUCGGCAGAAAGAGGACUCUACACGUUUUUCGAUCCACAAAAUUGGCAAAAAGUCACCAAAGAAUUUGUAUUGGAAUAUAGUGCAGUGUUGUGA